AUGAAGGAUGGUUUUUUUUUUUUUGUUCAAUAUUUCUUUUCUUUCUUGGCAAAUUUUUUUAUUUUUCAUCUUUCUCUCUUUUUCUCUCUCUCUCUCCUUUCCUUGUUUUCUCCUCUCUCCCUCUCCUUGUCGGUCUCCUCUCUCCCUCUCCUUUCCUUUCUACAUUUUCUUUUUCCCUCUCCUUGUUUUUUCGGUCUCCUCUCUCUCCCUUUCCUUGUCGGUCAAAUUUUUUCUUUCCCUCUCCUUGUCGGUCUCUCUCUCUCCCCUCUCCUUGUCGGUCCUCUCUCCUCUCCCCCUCCUUGUCGGUCUCCUCUCUCCCCUCUCCUUGUCGGUCUCCUCUCUCCCUCUCCUUGUCGGUCUCCUCUCUCUCCCUCUCCUUGUCGGUCUCCUCUCUCUCCCUCUCCUUGUCGGUCUCCCUCUCUCCCUCUCCUUGUCGGUCUCUCUCUCCCCUCUCCUUGUCGGUCUCCUCUCUCCCUCUCCUUGUCGGUCUCCUCUCUCCCUCUCCUUGUCGGUCUCCUCUCUCCCUCUCCCUGUCGGUCUCCUCUCUCCCUCUCCUUGUCGGUCUCUCCUCUCUCCCUCUCCUUGUCGGUCUCCUCUCUCUCUCUCCCCUCUCCUUGUCGGUCUCCUCUCUCUCUCUCCCUCUCCUUGUCGGUCUCCUCCCUCUCUCUGACCUUUCUUCAAUGUUUAAUUUUUCUUUCUUAUUCAGUCUUUCUUUACCUCAACCAGUUACUUCCUCCUCCCCUGCCUUUCUUCCAGGAAUAUCUCAAUCAUCCAGACCACAGUAUCAAAUCUUCCAUCUCACGAAAUGAUCUAUGCAUUACGUCCUUCCUAACCUUUUUAUACCGACCUAACAACCACCAUGAGGACUCUCUUCCUAUCAAAGUCUCCUCUUUUCUCUAUAGAAAGGUUAAAAAGAAAAUCCCUUUGUGA